AUGGAGGGUCUCUUCUUCAAUGUGAACAACGGCUAUAUCGAGGGCAUCGUUCGUGGAUAUCGCAAUGGCCUUCUUACAGGCGCCAACUACUCCAACCUGACGCAGUGCGAGACCAUCGAUGAUCUCAAGCUCCAACUUGGCCCUGCUUACGGGGACUUCCUCGGCUCCCUGCCGCCGAACCCAUCCACCUCCAGUCUCGCCACCAAGACAACCGACAAGCUGGUAUCCGAGUUUCGAUAUGUCCGCGCGAACGCAGUGGGAUCACUUGCACAGUUCCUCGACUACCUCACAUACGGCUACAUGAUCGACAACGUAGCACUCCUCAUCACCGGCACCCUGCACGAGCGCGAUACCCGCGAGCUGCUGGAACGAUGUCAUCCUCUGGGCUGGUUCGAGACCAUGCCUGUGCUUUGUGUGGCCACCAAUAUCGAGGAGUUGUACAACAGCGUAUUGAUUGAGACGCCACUGGCUCCCUACUUCAAGGGCAGUCUCAGCCAUCAGGACCUCGACGAGCUGAACAUCGAGAUCGUGCGAAACACGCUGUACAAGAACUACCUCGAGGAUUUCCACAACUUCGUUAACACCCACCCCGAUAUGGCAGGCACUCCCACGUCUGAGGUCAUGAGCGAAAUCUUGGAGUUCGAGGCGGACAGACGAGCAAUCAACAUCACCUUGAACUCGUUCGGUACGGAGCUGAACAAGGGAGAUCGUAAGAAGUUGUACCCGAGCUUCGGCAAACUGUACCCAGAGGGCACCUUGAUGCUGUCAAGGGCGGACGACUUCGAGGGCGUGCGAUUAGCAGUCGAGGGUGUGGGCGACUACAAGAACUUCUUUGAUGCUGCGGGCUUGGGUGGUGGACCGUCAGGACCUGGCAACAUGGCCGGGGGUUCAGGCGGCAACGACAGAAGUCUUGAAGAUAUGUUUUACCAGAAGGAGAUGGAGAUCUCGAAGAACGCGUUCACAAGACAAUUCACAUACGCCAUCGUGUAUGCGUGGGUGAAGCUGAGAGAGCAGGAAAUUCGCAAUAUCACGUGGAUUGCCGAGUGUAUAGCACAGAACCAAAAGGAGAGGAUCGGCAACUACAUUAGCGUAUUCUGA